AUGGAUGAGGAAAUGCUAGCUCUCCAGAAGAAUGCCACAUGGGAGCUCAUGCCUUUACCUCAGAGGAAAAAUAAAGUAGGAUGCUGGUGGAUCUAUACUAUGAAACUCAAAGCAGAUGAAUCCAUUGAAAGAUAUAAAGUCAAAUUGGUGGCGAAGGGUCAUACACAAAAGUAUGGGGUGGACUACGAGGAGACCUUUGCCCCAGUAGCUGAGAUCAACACCAUCAGAGUCCUACUGUCUCUAGUAGCAAUUCUAGAUUGGCCACUACAUCAAUUCGAUGAUAAAAAUGCCUUCUUACAUGGAGACUUGGAAGAAGAGGUAUACAUGGAUUUACCGCAAGGAUGUAAUCUAGUUCAUGACAGGAAAAAUCAAGUUUGCAAGCUCAGAAAGUCACUAUAUGGGUUAAAACAGUCUCCCAGGGUGUGGUUUGAAAGAUAUGCUAAGUCCAUGAAGAAUUUUGGAUACACUAAAAGUAAUUUAGACCACACCUUAUUCUUAAAACAUGAUGGAGGAAAAAUCAAGGACUAA